CUCACACACACUCAAUUCUCUCUGCAACAAACAUAGAAAGCCAAAAAAUUCCCAAUUUGCACAGUGGAAAAGAAAAACAAAAACACUUGGUUGAUUAGGUAUGUUUUUAAGAGUGUGGGAGUGUUUGUUUGGUAGUUAAUUAGUAUUGUGAAUGGAAAAAAAAUAAAUAUCUUUUUGAUCUAAUCUUGAUUUUCUCUUCAGCUUCUUUUACUCCCUUUUUUUGGGUUGGGAAUUGCUAUUUGACUCUAUGAGCAAAGAAAGGCCACCAGAGCCACUGGAUUUCUUUAUUUGGACUGUUGAGGAUGUUGGUCUAUGGUUGGAAGAAAUAAAUCUCGGUGGCUAUCGUCAAAUUUUCAAAGAGAAUGGUGUUAAUGGGGAGUACUUGGAGGGUAUGUCUAUGUUCACGACUGAACAGAUACUAAGGUUUAUAAGAAGGUGUCACAUGAAAUGGGGAGACUUCAUAACACUGUGCAAGGAGCUCAGGAGGAUAAAAGUGGCUUGCUUGAAGGGAGAGCAAAAAGUUCGCCAACCUUGGUGGGCACCGUCAUGUCUCUCUAUAGUAUUUACCAAGGUGGCCAAGCGUAACAGGCAGUCUAGAGUGGUUUCGCUGAAGCUGGAACCUUGACACUGAUAUUGCCCUUGUGUAUGUAUGUUUAAGUUGUAUCUUAAGAGGACAGGGAGUAGGAAAAUCACUUGCCUACGUAUAAUUUUUCGCUUUCUCUCCCCUGUCCAAGCAUUUCUUAUACAUAGUUUUGUAGUCUGUCUUUGUUCUAAAUUAGUUGUGAUGAAUAUAUACUUAAAUGAAGCAAAGAGAUACACUUAUGUAAAUCUCAACCUGCGCUAUUCAUAUUGAAAAAAAAAUUGCUACUCCAAUACUUUGGUGCAGAUUGGAUGAUGUUGUUAUAGAAAUUUGCUUAUUUUGUA